GGGGGGGUUGCCGCCUGCGCUGCAGGCUGCCUGCGUCAAAGGAGGUGCGGCUCUCCUUGCCCUGCCUUCCCCCCCUCUUACCUCCCCCCUCUCCCCCGACUUUAAACGCCCAUCCUCGGAAGCGCCGCGCACAUGUCUCCUUUCGCCUCGCACAUUAACGCGCGCGCACGCACACACACACACACCAGCGCGCCUGCCGGUGCAGCCACACUCGGAUUCCUCGUUGCGCCGACCUGCGCCACAUUGCAGGAGGUGCUGGAGGACGCGAGGGAGAGCCGCCCGAGGCACGCUGGGUGCCCCUCACUUCCGAGAGCAGCUAUUUAUGCUAACAGCAAGCCAUUACAAGCAGGAAGCAAUUACAAACAUUUUGAUCCGGUUGCAUAAAAGACUCACUGUGGACCGUUUCUUCAAGAAGUUUAAACUUUGCGAAAUUCUAUCCGGACUGAAGCUGGACAGCUUGUCUAAACCAAAUCUCCUCUGGAAUUUCCAUUUCUUUAUUGCAAAUGCCUAAGAACAGCAAAGUAGUAAAAAGAGAGAUAGAUGAUGAUGUCAUCGAAUCAGUCAAGGAUCUCUUAUCCAAUGAAGAUUCUGUUGAGGAUGCUUUUAAAAAAAGUGAAUUGUCAGUUAAUGAUCCUGAGGACAAAGAUGUAGAUGUAGAAGAGGGAUCUGAUGUAGAAGAUGAGCGACCAGCCUGGAACAGCAAACUUCAAUAUAUUCUGGCCCAAGUUGGAUUUUCUGUAGGCUUGGGAAAUGUGUGGCGUUUUCCAUACCUGUGUCAAAAAAACGGUGGAGGUGCCUACCUUGUGCCCUAUUUAAUCUUGCUGCUGAUCAUAGGAAUACCACUUUUUUUCCUGGAGCUUUCAGUGGGUCAAAGAAUCCGCCGUGGGAGCAUUGGAGUAUGGAAUUACAUCAGUCCUAAGCUUGGUGGAAUUGGAUUUGCAAGUUGCAUAGUAUGCUUUUUUGUGGCCCUGUAUUACAAUGUCAUCAUUGGAUGGAGUUUAUUUUACUUUUCUCAGUCCUUUCAGCAUCCAUUACCAUGGGACCAGUGUCCCUUAGUGAAAAAUUCUUCACAUACCUUUGUGGAGCCCGAAUGUGAAAAAAGCUCAGCUACAACGUAUUACUGGUACAGAGAAGCACUCAAUAUUUCUAAUUCUAUAUCUGAGAGUGGAGGUCUAAAUUGGAAAAUGACCAUCUGUUUGUUGGCUGCAUGGGUAAUGGUGUGCCUGGCAAUGAUUAAAGGCAUUCAAUCUUCAGGCAAAAUAAUGUACUUUAGCUCUCUUUUCCCUUAUGUGGUACUUCUGUGCUUUCUAAUCAGAGGGCUGCUUUUAAAUGGUUCACUGGAUGGGAUUCGUCAUAUGUUUACUCCAAAGCUUGAAAUAAUGCUGGAGCCUAAGGUGUGGAGAGAAGCUGCUACUCAGGUGUUCUUUGCCUUAGGACUUGGAUUUGGUGGAGUCAUUGCCUUUUCAAGCUACAACAAGAGAGACAACAACUGCCAUUUCGAUGCUGUUCUGGUGUCCUUCAUCAAUUUUUUCACUUCUGUGCUGGCAACUUUAGUGGUGUUUGCUGUUCUGGGCUUCAAAGCAAACAUCAUAAAUGAGAAAUGCAUUGUGCAAAAUUCUCAACAAAUUAUCAGCCUUCUGAAUAGUGGAAAUCUCAGCAAGGCUAUCAUACCUCAUCAUAUUAAUUUAUCAAGUAUUACAGCAGAGGAUUAUAAUCUGGUUUAUGAUAUCAUUCAGAAAGUUAAAGAAGAAGAAUUUCCUCUGGGUUUGAAACCAUGUCAAAUUGAAGAUGAACUUAAUAAGGCUGUUCAGGGAACUGGUUUAGCUUUCAUUGCCUUCACAGAAGCCAUGACACACUUCCCUGCUUCUCCUUUCUGGUCAGUGAUGUUUUUCCUGAUGCUGGUAAAUCUAGGGCUUGGCAGCAUGUUUGGAACAAUUGAAGGGAUCACUACACCUAUAGUUGAUACCUUCAAAGUGAGAAAAGAAAUUCUGACUGUCACUUGCUGUCUUCUAGCAUUCUGCAUUGGUCUCAUAUUUGUGCAGCGGUCCGGUAAUUACUUUGUAACAAUGUUUGAUGACUAUUCUGCUACACUGCCUCUACUUAUUGUGGUCAGUUUGGAGAAUAUUGCAAUGAGUUACGUUUAUGGAAUAGACAAAUUUAUGGAAGAUUUAAAAGAUAUGCUUGGCUUUUCACCAAAUCAAUUCUAUUAUUAUACAUGGAAAUAUAUUUCCCCUAUUGUUUUAUUAUCUUUGCUGGUAGCAAGUAUUAUCCAGAUGGUAUUAAGCCCCCCUAGUUACAGUGCAUGGAUUGAAGAGAAGGCAAGCAAGGAGUUACAGAACUACCCAACAUGGGGCAUGAUUGUUUGCAUCUCUCUAAUUGCUCUGGCAAUGCUCCCGGUCCCUGUUGUCUACUUGAUUCGCCGCUGCAACCUUAUUGAUGACACUUCAGGUAGUUUGGCAGCUGUUUCCUAUAAAAGAGGGCACAUUAUCAAGGAACCAGUGAAUCUCGAGGGAGAUGAUACCAGCCUGAUCCAUGGAAAGAGUCCAAGUGAGGGGCCUUUUCCAACCUUUGGCAAAAACAUUUACCGAAAACAGUCUGGGUCUCCAGCAGUGGACACCGCCCCCAACGGUCGUUAUGGUAUUGGCUACAUAAUGGCAAACAUGUCAGAUAUGCCAGAGUCUGAUUUGUAGCUGCUAAGCAGUAUUGAUGUCUCUGCUUCUAUUAAGCUACUGAACAUUUGUUCUCUUAAGAGAAGUGAUCUGCUUCCCUUACUAGAGUGCAAUCUCAGGUGCCCCAUGACUGCAUCCUUCAAAAUAUCGUGACAUGUGGUACAGAAAGCUUGAAAAAAUUCCCUUUGGCUUGAUUUUCUGGUUUCCAUUUGUACUGAAGGGAAUGCACAUAACUAUAAAUUAGUGAUGGCCUAGCUUUGUCAAAAAAUGCCAAUUUUUAAAACAAAAUUAUUUUUGCAUUUAAUUUGAAAUUUUUCUAUCUUUAAAGUACAGGUGUUACCUCAGUUUGUAGCAAUUUUUUAAGUGAAUUCAUAUUUCUCUACUGCUGUAAUUGGAAAGUCCUCCUUUGUUCCCGCAAUUUAAGUCCCCUUCUGUGUAUUGGAAAAAAUUAGUUCCAAAGAAUUCACCAAGCCUGUAUUUACUGCACUUAUUUGUACAUAUGUUUUGUAGAUACCCUAUACUUUUUUUAAGCUAUCACAGUUGCUUAGGCUACUUGCAGAGUUUUAAGAAAAGGAAACAACAUUUACCCUGCAGAUUAUUUUCUUACACGUAAUAGCUGUAUAGAGUAGUAGUAUUAGACUACCAAGUAUGAUUAUGCUGGAAACACAGAAUUCCUCAGCCUGUGGGGAACUGCAUAUGAUGUGGCUGUAUUUUACAUACUGUAUUUGGUUUUUCAGUGUGAAAAUGAUAUAAGCAUGAGUCGCUCUGAGACUCUUACAAAACUGUGCAGAUUCUGCAUUUUUCUAAGCUGUGUGCCUAAAACAAACAAACAAAAAACCCCUCUUCCUAAUAUUUAUUGUGGUUACAAGAUUACAUACAUUAUAUUUAUAUACAAUAUACUUGUAAUGUACAUAUGUAUAGUAAUAAUGUAUGUAACUGCUUCAAACCUUGAAGCAAGAUGGCUUUUUAAAAAAUAUGUUUUGCUUCUGUUUUCAUGCAAAGAGGAAAUCUCCUCAACCCAGUCAAUAAUCAUCAAGAACUGUAUGCCAUUACAUUUAAACUAAGAAUAAAAGAGUGGAAAAUGA